GCCACAUCAAGAAAUUAAUAACAUCAAACUGCAAAACCGCGACCACACUUUGAUCCAAGCAAUCACGAACUUGGGGCCUUAAAAUUGUCAGAGUAGCGCGUUCAACACACAGGACCUGUUUGAUCGACGAAAUAAUGAUAACGCCACCGAGUGAGAACGAUGUUGUUGACGCGCAAACACAGGCGCGAACUCCAAUUCCUCUCGCAGGCAAAAAGAGAAUCGGACUUGCAGGCACCCCUCAAUCCACAGAUCGACUCAAGCAACCUUUCCAUAUCACAUCAGGCGAAGAUAAGGAGAAUGCUCCUCCUUCGACACAGAGAGGACGAUUAUAUGGCGGAACUCCUCAAUCCGUCGACAAAUUAGUGAAACCAUUCCGAUGUCCUGGUUCAGCAACGAUAACUCGAGCUUCCGUGAAACCCGCACGAAAGCGUCGAAAGGUUGAUUAUGGAGGUGCAGAUGGCGAAGAGGAAGAUGGAGAUAAACCGUGGACGAAUGAAGAUCGAUUAGCUCUUGCGAAUAGAGAUGCGAAUAAGUUUCCUGUUUUCCAGGUUAAGGACAAGGAUACUAUGUUUAGGAAACGAUUUUCGGUACCAUUGAUAAAUAAAGAUGGAGGGGGAUAUAAUCCCAAUCGACCUCCACCAACACUUGGACUGAGACAGGGAGCGGUGUUUGUUGCAAAAGCUUUACAUGAUCCUAGUGGCGAGUUUGCGAUUGUUCUUUACGAUCCUACAAUUGAUGAAAAGCCGAGGAGUAUAGAGCAAGCUAAGAAAGAGGAGGAAGAUGCUAAAAAAGAAACUGAAAAGAAGGACGGCGAACCCGAGAAACCGGUACUGAAGUUGGACGCCCCAUUGGCACAUAAAAGUCUUGCGGAAAUAUUAGGAAUAAAAAAGGUUGUGGAAGGUGAACGGCCCAAGGUUCCAGUUGUUAUUGAUCCUCGACUCGCGAAAGUUUUGCGACCUCAUCAAAUUGAAGGUGUCAAGUUCAUGUACAGAUGCGUUACUGGUAUGGUGGAUGAUAGAGCAAAUGGAUGUAUCAUGGCAGAUGAGAUGGGUCUGGGAAAGACUCUUCAAUGCAUUACUCUUAUGUGGACGAUGUUAAAGCAAUCUACCGAUGCUGGGAAACCUACUAUCAACAAGGCAAUCAUUGCCUGUCCGUCGAGUUUAGUCAAGAAUUGGGCAAAUGAAUUGGUCAAGUGGCUAGGUCCAGAUGCCAUUCAACCAUUUGCAAUUGAUGGCAAAGCUUCAAAGGAGGAACUUAUUCAACAAUUACGACAAUGGGCUAUAGCUAGUGGUCGAUCCAUUACAAGGCCUGUUAUUAUUGUUUCUUACGAAACUCUACGACUUUAUGUUGACGAGCUCAAGCACACUCAAAUUGGACUGAUGUUGUGUGAUGAAGGUCAUCGUUUAAAGAAUGGAGACAGUCAGACAUUUGUAGCAUUGAACAGUCUCAAUGUCACUAGGAGAGUCAUUUUAUCUGGAACGCCAAUUCAGAAUGAUUUGACAGAAUAUUUCUCCCUGGUCAGCUUCGCCAAUCCAGGUCUUUUGGGCACUCGAAUGGAAUUCCGUAAAAAAUAUGAAUUACCGAUUCAACGUGGUCGAGAUGCGGCUGGUAGCGAUAAAGAUCGGCAAAAGGGAGACGAAUGCAUCAAAGAACUUCUCAACGUCGUCAACAAAUUUAUCAUUCGCCGAACAAACGAUAUUCUUUCCAAAUACUUACCUGUCAAAUAUGAGCAUGUCGUGUUUUGCGGCCUCGCACCCUUUCAACUCGAUUUAUAUAAUCAUUUUAUUACUAGUCCAGACAUCAAAGCUCUUCUGAGAGGAAAAGGAAGUCAACCUCUCAAAGCCAUUGGCAUGCUCAAGAAACUCUGCAAUCAUCCUGACCUUCUAAAUCUCUCCGAAGAUCUUCCCGGUUGUGAACAAUACUGGCCCGAAGACUACGUUCCAAAAGAUGGACGCGGUCGCGAUCGUGAUAUCAAACCUUGGUAUUCGGGGAAAAUGCAAGUUCUCGACCGCAUGCUCGCACGCAUCCGUCAAGAUACUAAUGAUAAAAUCGUUCUAAUCUCCAAUUACACGCAAACCCUUGACAUGUUCGAUAAACUAUGUCGAAGCCGUGGCUAUGGAUCUUUACGUCUCGACGGUACCAUGAAUGUAACGAAGCGUCAGAAGCUAGUUGACAAAUUCAACGAUCCGGAUGGUCAAGAAUUCGUCUUUUUGCUAAGUAGUAAAGCCGGAGGAUGCGGUCUCAAUCUCAUCGGAGCCAAUCGACUCGUUCUCUUCGAUCCUGAUUGGAACCCAGCUGCUGAUCAACAAGCUCUCGCUCGAGUAUGGCGUGAUGGUCAAAAGAAAGAUUGUUUCGUAUAUCGCUUUAUCGCCACUGGUACUAUCGAAGAAAAGAUCUUCCAACGUCAAUCCCACAAACAAUCUCUUUCAUCCUGUGUUGUUGAUUCUGCUGAAGAUGUCGAAAGACACUUUAGCUUAGAUUCUUUGAGAGAAUUGUUUCAAUAUAGAAAAGACACAACGAGUGAUACUCAUGAUACGUUUAAAUGCAAACGUUGUAAGCCGGAUGGAAAACAGUUCUUAAAGGCCCAGGCGAUGAUGUAUGGUGAUACAAGUACAUGGAAUCAUUUUGUUAAUGCAGGGUUGGGGACGAUACAGGAUUUGUUGUUGAGACAGGAGUGUGGAGAUGAGAAUGUCAGCGCAGUGUUCCAGUACAUUAGUCAUUAGGCAAGGGAAGUUGGGUGUGUAAGGAGAUGGGACUGGAACGAAUACUGGGCGUGAUUUUGAUGCGUGGAUUGGAGCACUUUUUUGUUAUCCUUAAUUUUGUUUGGGAGUUCAACGACAAAUCGGAGAGAAUUAAGCUCCUUUAUAGUAUUCCCUCAAGCGGGCGUUUUGGUAUGAUGAUGAUAGACAGAAGCGAUUAUAUGACGUAGAACACUUCAUAUUAUUUUGAUUUUCAAUUCCCUUUGCCUCCUAAAUUUUUUGGCUGCUUCAUUUGUCAACUACACAUAUAUUUCAUGCAUAUCAAAAUAAGAGUCAAAAAUCAAAAUCAAAAGCCCUCUAGCAUUGCA